AAACCUUAUCGUCGGAAGUUACGACGUACGUUCUCAGCUUUAAUGGUUUGCCAGCAAGCUUUUCCGGCAACGUGGAACCCACGCGGUCGGGCGUUCUUUCUUCUUCUGCUUCAGUACUGCUCCGCGGUAUUAACUCUGGUAUCUGCUCAGGAACCUAGCGCUCGCUGGCCUACGCUUUCCGGUAAACCGCCUCUAGUGAUUGCACGAGGAGGGUUUUCAGGGCUGUUUCCAGAUUCUAGUUCAGUUGCCUAUGAUCUGGCGCGGGCAGUUAGUCUACCUAAUGUCCACUUAUGGUGUGACGUGCAAUUAACAAAGGAUGGAGCUGGGAUUUGUGCGCCGAGUGUCAAGUUGGAGAAUGCUACUGACAUUGCUACUAUUUACAAAAGCAGAAGUACGGUUUACCAAGUUAAUAAGGUCCCUACCCGAGGAUGGUUUUCUCUGGAUUUCACCUUCGAAGAGCUAGCAAAUAAUGUCUCCCUAAAUCAAGGAGUCUAUUCUCGAACUAACCGGUUUGAUAGCCAUGGCUUCGCAAUUAUCACCGUUGAUCAUUUGGCUAAAACAAUAAAACCACCAGGCUUAUGGUUGAACGUUCAGUACGAUGCAUUCUUCACGCAACACAAUUUGAGUAUGACAAGAUUUGUGCUUUCUGUUUCGAGAAGAGUGAAAGUUGAUUACAUUUCAUCACCAGAGGUGGCUUUCCUAACACGUAUUGCGUCUGGAUUUCAACCUACAACGACGAAACUGGUCUUCCGGUUUCUAGGACGAGAUGAGAUUGAGCCUUCAACGAGCCAGACAUAUGGCUCUCUGUUGAAGAAUCUUACUUUUGCCAAGACAUUUGCCUCCGGAAUCCUUGUUCCCAAGGACUACAUAUGGCCUGUAGAUGCAACUCUUUAUCUACAACCUCGUACCUCUGUUGUCGCGGAUGCUCAUAAAGCAGGGCUUGAAGUUUUCGCCUCGGAUUUUGUAAAUGACGUUCCCCUUAGCUACAAUUACAGUCAUGAUCCCAUAUCUGAGUACUUGUCUUUCGUUAACAAUGCUGACUUCUCUGUUGAUGGAGUGCUGAGCGAUUUCCCAAUUACUCCAUCGGAAGCUAUAGGUUGCUUUGCUCAUCUCGGCAGACAAGCUUCAUCACAAGCGAAACCAUUGAUUAUCUCUAAAUAUGGAGCAAGUGGAGAUUACCCAGGUUGCACAGACUUGGCAUAUGAGAAAGCUAUUGCAGAUGGCGCAGAAGUAAUUGACUGCCCAGUUCAACUGGCCAAGGAUGGGACACCAUUUUGCCUGAGCUCAGAAAAUUUGACAGAAAGCGCAAUAGUUGAUCCAAAGGCUGUGGCUGGAAUAUUUUCCUUUAACCUGGCAUGGAAUCAGAUUCAAACCUUGAAACCGGCAAUAGCAAACCCCUCCGCCAAGUAUAAAAUGUUCCGGAACCCGAAGUCCCAAAAUGCUGGAAAGUUUGUAACAUUGUCCGAUUUCUUGGCCUUGUCAAAGAACGCGAAAUCUCUUACUGGUGUCCUGAUCAACAUAGAGAAUGCACAGGGAGUGAGUGUAGCCGAUGCAGUCAACGAAGCCUUGAUCAAAGCUGGUUUUGAUACACAGACAUCCUUAAAAGUUAUGAUCCAGUCCAGUAAUAGCUCAGUUCUAAUGAAGUUCAAGGGCAAAAGCAAUAAAUACGAGCUUGUAUACAAGGCUGAUGGGAAUAUUGUUGAUGGCCCCGACGCUGACUCAACCAUUAAGAACAUAAAGACAUUUGCCGAUUCUGUGGUUGUCAGCAAGGACUUCAUCUUCCCUGAACUUGAAGCAUUUAUCACUAAUACUACCGACAUUGUGCCCAAGCUUCAAGCAGAGAAGCUCUCUGUUUAUGUAGAGACAUUCAGCAAUGAGUUUGUGACUCAAUCAUGGGACUUCCUCUCAGAUGCAACUGUGGAGAUCAACACAUUUGUCCAGGUGGCAAAAGUUGAUGGUAUCAUCACCGAUUUCCCUAAUACAGCUGCCAGAUACAAGAGAAAUCUGUGCUUAGGUGUGGGGAAAAAGACACCUUCAUACAUGGAGCCUGUUAAGCCUGGAAGUUUGUAUGAAUUCGGUGGUCAUCCCUGAAUUAAGGUGAUGAAGUGUGUUAUAAUAAAGGGUACGUAGCAUGCAAUUGGUGAUCGGUGACCAGGUAAUCUUCUCGAUCAUGCAACGACACCGGCCAGCUAGCUAGCUAAUUAGUACUAUAUAUAUAUAUAAUAUAUGUACAUAUAUAAGAGUGUGCUGUUUGCCCCA